GGUUUUUAUACUAUGGUGAAUCGAUGCACCUAUCGAAUUGUAAUACAUUAGAAGUUACGUUUUCAUUUGGUACAGUUAGAUAUUUUUGAUUCAAUCUCUCGCUGGAAAAUGGUGAACCAUCUCCGAUUGGUGUGGAAUCGUGUUUUCAAGUACAGUUCGUCUGAAGCUGUUAGCGUAUCCAAAUUUUGGUCCGAUGACGGAACUGGUGGUGAUUGUUAUUGGUUACUGGACGCAAUGUCACUCCUUGCAGGAGUCCGAAGCGAUUCAACUUCGAAUUGGGUUGGAGAACGCAAGAUACGGAUUUUCAGCAAUUGCCUAUUCGUUUUUGGGAUAUCAAUGUUAGCCCUAGAAGUUUUGAGUGAUAUGUAUGACAGAUGGGACGACAAUUCCGUCAAAGUGAUGGCCUUGUUGAAACUUACAUCGAUUUGCCUGGCGUGUUUAAAAACUGCAGCAAUUGUACUGCUCAGAAAACCAAUUGAAACCCUAAGGACCUUCAUUCUCAGUGAACGCGUCAACUCCUCUGACCAUAUUUUUGAUGAACUUGAACGUAGCAAUGUCAAUCAAACUGGCCGAACCAUGAUGCGAGCUAUGUUGGGCUUAAUCGUCGUGGAGAUGAUUCUUCUGUCGAUUCCUAACCAAACCAUGGACAAUGUGUUCAGAAUGGCACCGCUGUUGCUCCGAAUGGGAGAACCUUCAGCACGAGUUUUGCAUGUCUUGUUCAUGUGCUCGUUGCCUUUAUUUCUGCUUCCUAGGCUUUUCUCAAACAUUGCGUACAUUGGCAUCCUUAUAUUGGGAAUGCGCAUGAGGCUCAAAAUGCUGACCCAUCGGUACCAUGAAAUGUUGAGAAUACCAGAUUCCGAUGUGGACUAUUAUUUAGAAAUUGUGAACAAAAAAUUGCGAAAGACCUUGUGUCAACAUAUGGAAUUCAUGAGGCAGUUCAGUGUAUUAACCCAUUUGGUGCGCACAACGUUCAUGAUAACACACUAUUACUCAAUAUUCAGUAUUGGAGCUAUCAUCUUCAUGUGGCAAAACAUGGGAUUCAACGGAUUUUCUACUGUUUUCCUACUGACCUUCGUAUCGCUGUUAUUGGAGUAUUACGUUUGGUGCUAUUUAGUGGACUCCUUUCAAGAAGUGGCCAACAGCAUUGGAGUAGCGAUUUACGAAAUGUGUGUUCACAUGCCUCACAGCCAUGACCAUCAUUCCCGGUACAUUCAACUGAGAACUAGUCUCAUCAUCAUCUGGAUCAACAACAGUAAUGGCUAUUCCGUUAAUUGCUUUGGAUUGUUGAAGCCCUCGAUUCUAGCAUUUGUCGACUUGGUUAACAUAACUUACUCGAUGCUUAUGUUUUUGAUCAAUAUGGGUUGAUAAAAUGUCAACAGUGGCAAAAAUGUAAAGCUUUUAAAAGAUACAACUUAUUUCAGCAUAAUCAAUGUGAAGAAUUGCCACUCCAUUAUCAAAU